AUGUCUAUGAAGAAAUUGCAAACCGAGAUCGACCGUGUGUUGAAAAAAGUGAGCGAGGGCGUCGAGACGUUCGAAUCCAUCUUUGACAAGAUCAACUCCACCACCAAUCCGAGUCAAAAAGACAAGUACGAGCUGGAACUCAAGAAGGAGAUCAAAAAGCUGCAACGUCUACGCGACCAAAUCAAGACAUGGCUGUCAUCAAACGAGAUCAAGGACAAGCGCGCCCUGUUAGAGAAUCGCAAGCUGAUUGAGUCUCAAAUGGAACGGUUCAAGAUGACAGAGAAGGAAAUGAAGACCAAGGCCUAUUCCAAAGAGGGUCUGCUGCUGAAAGAAAAGAUGGAUCCCAAGGAGAAGGAAAAGACAGAGGCGUGCGAUUGGAUCAUAUCAGCAAAGAACGAGCUGGAACGACAAGUGGAGAUGUCCGAGGCACAAGUCGAGACAUUGCAGAGCACAACAAAACGUGGAAAGAAGGAUCAUGCAAAGGCUGAACGUAUCGAUGAAUUGGAACACCAAAUCACACGCCAUAAGCAUCACAUCAACCGGUUAGAACUUCUCCUACGUUUAUUGGAAAAUGAUAGGCUCGCUCCAGAAAGGGUUUUGGAGAUAAGAGAGGAUGUGCAGUAUUACAUUGAAUGCAAUCAGGAACCUGAUUUUCAAGAAGAUGAAUUCAUAUACGAUGAUCUCAAUCUCGAAGAAGAAGAGGAGUUAUAUGGAAUUGUUGCAGAUGAACAUGGUGCCAUUGAGACUCCCAAGGAAGAAGAGAAGCCACUACCAAGGCGGGCAGCCAAAUCAAAAGAGAAAGAAAAGGAGAAAGACAAAGAGGAGAUUGCUUCAAAUGCAUCAUCAACAACUCCACAUACUCCACAUAAGGCUCAAAGCCCAAGAUCAAAAGAACCAUUAUCCACGCCAACAUCGGAAGCCAAAUCCCUCAACACAAGUCCACUCAAAUCACCACCAUCUAUGCCCGUCAGCCGAUCCUUAUCUGAAGUUAUCGUUCCACCACCACCAGCAUCAACCGGUUUGAAGUAUGCACAGGCAGCAGCAGCAGGUGUAUCACAGGAGAAGGGUCAUAAACGAGAUGAGAGCAGCAAAGCAGUCGAGAAUGCAUGGGCAGAACCACCAAAGAUUGGCGAUCAUCCAACACGACAAUCAUCUAUUGGAGACUCUCAACAAUCACGAUCUGGUGAAACGGCAUUAUCACAAUCACUGCUUGCCUCUCAAUAUCCAGCUGCUAAAUCACCCAAACAAGACCAACAACCUGUGGAUAUGCGUUUACCACCAUCCCUUUCCGAUCUUGCACCUUCAUUUGAAGCUAUCCGAUCCAAAGGCACCGACAAACCUGAUAUCAUGCAUAUACAUCAAAUGUUGGAUGCAAGCUUACAACAUGUACCAGAUCUUAUUGAUUCUGAAAGACCCAAAACCUACCAUCCUCGAUCCCCUUAUCCGACACCGAACUACUAUCCUCAGCAGCCACUACCUGUAUUCGACAAUCCUCUUUUGUUUGAAAAGUUGGACAUGCACACUCUCUUCUUCAUCUUCUAUUACCAACAGGGCACCUAUCAGCAGUAUCUCGCAGCAAAAGAGCUGAAACGACAUUCAUGGCGAUUCCACAAAAAGUACUUGACAUGGUUCCAGCGGCUUGAAGAACCCAAGUUCAUUUCGGACGAGUACGAGCAAGGUUCUUAUGUGUACUUUGACUACGAGAGUGCGUGGUGCCAACGUAAAAAGGAAGACUUCAGAUUUGAAUAUCGUUACCUUGAAGAAGCAUAA